AUACACCCUCCUGGCCAUCUGGUUUUCUGAUCUGGUUCUGUCCGAUUCAGUGGUGGUGAAUACUUGUCAGUUUUGUGUGUCUCUGUCUACAGUUUGACCACUAGACAGGUGCCGCAGUUUGUUUUCUGUCUGUCUCACUGUGUGUCAAAGUCUGAGUCUAUAAGCCUUUCUGAAAAUUUCGGUUUUGCUUGCAAGCUUCUGGUGUGGUGCGUUUGACUGGCAGCUGCUAGAUUCGAGACCGUGAGGAUCUGGAGGAAGCUUUAGACCUGGGAGAGAGCUGAAUAAGGCUCUCCUCCAUCUGUAAACAGCAAGUCAGUAAUGAUGGAAGCCAUGCUUUGCUGAAAUAUGUUUUAUUUGAUCCCUGCUAUGUGUGAAGGGAUGCCUGGUGUCUGAAACUGGGCCCCUCUAGGGGCAAAUUGUGUGAUUUUCCUUGCUCUAUCUUCUUGAAUCUAGAGGCCUGAUGGUGGCAGGGUCAGGCUGUCUAUGUGGUGUUGUUUUGUAUCGUGUUUUGUGUUCUUGGACUUAGACAGACGAUAUUAUUUUGACUUUGACUGAAAAGCAACUCUGUGGCGUCAAAAUCAGGUCACAUGACUCAAGCACGCCAACUUAGAACAAAAGGAGAGACAAAAUACUUGGGCUCUGACACCCCCUGAAAAGGAAAACAAGUCUUAACAAGACGCUCAAUGUGGAAGCCAAAAAGAUUACCCCCUCAGACAAAAGAUAAGAGGCAUCUGACAGACCAACACCAGACUCCAUUGGCAGGUCUCGAGGGCAUGGCAGCCCACGAAUUUGACCAAGGUGCUGCUAUGGUGGACGGCACAAAUGUCAUCUGGGUAGAAGAAUCUUUACCCCCUGGCAUGUCAAUGCAGAAAGUGGAGCUCGUUGCCCUCACCAAGACCUUGGAACUUGGAACCAGCAAGAAAAUCAACAGCCACAUGGAUAACAGGCUCAAGGCCCUCGAGUGGGUGAGGCAGCAAGUGUGGAAGCAGCUCUGGGAGGCCUACUCAAGAGAAGUCCAACAUCGCUUCCAAUUUGGAGAUUCGGUCUACAUUAGACAUCACUGCGCAGAAAAUCUUGAAUCUCGGUGGAAAAGCCCUUAUCUUGUACUCUUGACCAUCCUGCUUUCUGCUUUGAUGAGACCCUUUGUAAUUUUACUCCUUUUGCUUACAAUUGGAACCUGUGUGACUAACUGGUUCAUAGCUUUUAUUAGGGAAACAUAUAAGUGCUGUGCAGAUUCUUAUGCUAAGCCAACAAUAUCAGAGAUUAGGGCAGGACAAUCCAGAAUAUAUAGAGUCAGAGAUUUAGUUCUAUAGUUCUAAGAUUAGAACUAUUAACAAGAGAAGGAGUGGGGAAUGAGGGACCCCCCCCCCCCAACUCAAUGUUUUUAGACCUCUAAACAACUAGCCCAGCACAGAGUAACUUGUUUUUCUGUUUUCAGCUCAAGAAAGAUAGAGCCCACCCUGUUCUAGUUCCAAUGUUUAACUAUACAGUGCCCCAAGGACAUUUGGUCCAGAUAAUCUCUAACUUUCCUUACUUCCUCAUUCUGUACUUCCCUAUUCUGUGCAUGUUUGUCCUCCACCCCUUGCCUUGUGAAUUGUGUCCUCCAACCCUUAUCUUGUGAUUUUUCCCCUUUAAAUACCCCUGACUUCAGUUGCACGGGGUCCUCAAUCCUCUACCCCUGCGUGGUGUAUGGCUGUGGAACCCAGAAUUCUGGAAUAAAGA